AUGCGGGUUCGGGAUGACGAUAAUCUCAAAGUUCUCGCCCUUUUUGCCAAAUGUACGGAAUGUCGAUGCACAGGGUUUCGUCCAAUCCUCGACGACGAUCAGAUGGAGGAGGAUGGAGGAUUGUUCCUAGUAGACUUCAAACUUGUCCGUAAUGUAGACGCCGAUGCACUGUGCAGGGGUUGCAGCCACUCUAUAGAUGCGCAUGCUGCUCAUUCUGUUCGACCCACUAAAGCAGACCAAGAAAAGCUAAUACAAUUAGCAAACGACACUCACGACUUGCAUAGCCUAAUGUCCACAACAGAAGACACAGACGAAUUACAUAUACUCUACCAAAUUUUUCAACUAUUUCUCAGCGCACUGAAAAAGUGGAACACUAGUAUAGAUGUACCGUUUGGAUCUCCCAAGUUUGAAAGUAGUUCAGCAUACAACAUUGUAACGAACUUUGCUGCUGCUUCAGAGUCUACGGACUUUAUUGACUAUUUUUCAGAUGCACAUGCUGCUCAUUCUGUUCGACCCACUAAAGCAGACCAAGAAAAGCUAAUACAGUUAGCAAACGACACUCAUGACUUGCAUAGCCGAAUGUCCACAACAGAAGACACAGACGAAUUACAUAUACUCUAUCAAAUUUUUCAACUAUUUCUCAGCGCACUGAAAAAGUGGAACACUAGUAUAGAUGUACCGUUUGGAUCUCCCAAGUUUGAAAGUAGUUCAGCAUACAACAUUGUUACAAACUUUGCUUCUGCUUCGGAGUCUACGGAGUUUAUUGAUACAAAGGAAAUACAACAUAAUCUUCACCUUUCUUCUAAAUUGCUGUCACUAAUGAACACGUGGAAAAUUCCUUCUCCAACAGUUUACCAUGAGAUUGUACCAAAAAUUGAUCGCGUGCAAUAUCGUCUCUUCUAUUCGCGCUGGAUGUACUAUGUCAUAUUACCACAGCAAUUCAAGUCCCUAAAACAGUAUGAGGCCGUUGAAAUAUUUGGCCAGAAAGGACUGCAAUUAUAUCUAAAGUUCGCUUUGAGUCAAGUGGAACGUGGCGAAUUUCAGUGUGGAAGUAAAUCGACUGCUUGCGAUUUGCUUCCCUUCAUGGCAUCCAUCUUGAGCUAUCUUGAGAAUCCAUCGAAAACCAUCGCGAAGUUUACGAUGCUUCCCAAUGGAGUAGAUCCACCGAAGUUCACCCGCCACAGCGAAAGAGAAGUAUCUUGUGAUUCUGUCUCCGAUUCCCGAGAUGAAGAUAAAAUGUCAAGAGUAAGAACGAAGGUUGGUUGAU